GAACAAAAUUGAUUUAAGUUUUAAAGAAAGAUAAUAUACGAGAGUGAUUAAUUAAAGUGUACUGUGAAAUAUAGCGGAAUAGAAUGCAGAUCUUCGUGAAAACUUUGACUGGUAAAACCAUCACCUUGGAAGUGGAACCUUCCGACACCAUUGAAAAUGUGAAAGCCAAGAUCCAAGACAAAGAAGGUAUCCCACCAGAUCAACAGAGGUUGAUCUUUGCUGGUAAACAACUUGAAGAUGGUAGAACUCUCUCUGACUACAACAUCCAGAAGGAGUCCACCCUUCAUUUGGUCCUUAGAUUGAGAGGAGGCAUGCAGAUCUUCGUCAAAACCUUGACAGGCAAGACCAUCACUUUGGAAGUUGAGCCAUCUGAUACUAUUGAAAAUGUUAAAACUAAGAUCCAAGAUAAAGAGGGUAUCCCACCAGAUCAGCAAAGAUUGAUCUUUGCAGGUAAACAAUUGGAAGAUGGAAGAACCUUGUCUGACUAUAACAUUCAGAAGGAAUCCACCCUUCAUUUGGUACUUAGAUUGAGAGGAGGUAUGCAGAUCUUCGUCAAGACACUAACUGGAAAGACCAUCACCCUCGAAGUGGAACCAUCUGAUACUAUCGAGAAUGUGAAAGCUAAGAUCCAAGAUAAAGAAGGUAUCCCACCAGACCAGCAAAGAUUGAUCUUUGCAGGAAAACAGCUAGAAGAUGGUAGAACUUUGUCUGAUUAUAACAUCCAGAAGGAAUCCACUCUUCAUUUGGUACUUAGAUUGAGAGGAGGUAUGCAGAUCUUCGUCAAGACACUAACUGGAAAGACCAUCACCCUCGAAGUGGAACCAUCUGAUACUAUCGAGAAUGUGAAAGCUAAGAUCCAAGAUAAAGAAGGUAUCCCACCAGACCAGCAAAGAUUGAUCUUUGCAGGAAAACAGCUAGAAGAUGGUAGAACUUUGUCUGAUUAUAACAUCCAGAAGGAAUCCACUCUUCAUUUGGUACUUAGAUUGAGAGGAGGUAUGCAGAUCUUCGUCAAGACAUUAACUGGAAAGACCAUCACUUUGGAAGUUGAACCUUCUGAUACCAUUGAGAACGUGAAAGCUAAGAUCCAAGAUAAAGAAGGUAUCCCACCAGACCAGCAAAGAUUGAUAUUUGCAGGAAAACAGCUAGAAGAUGGUAGAACUUUGUCUGAUUAUAACAUCCAGAAAGAGUCCACUCUUCACUUGGUACUUAGAUUAAGAGGAGGUAUGCAGAUUUUCGUCAAGACAUUAACUGGAAAGACCAUCACUCUGGAAGUUGAACCUUCUGAUACCAUUGAGAACGUGAAAGCUAAGAUCCAAGAUAAAGAAGGUAUCCCACCAGACCAGCAAAGAUUGAUAUUUGCAGGAAAACAGCUAGAAGAUGGUAGAACUUUGUCUGAUUAUAACAUCCAGAAAGAGUCCACUCUUCACUUGGUACUUAGAUUAAGAGGAGGUAUGCAGAUUUUCGUCAAGACAUUAACUGGAAAGACCAUCACUCUGGAAGUUGAACCUUCUGAUACCAUUGAGAAUGUGAAAGCUAAGAUCCAAGAUAAAGAAGGUAUCCCACCAGACCAGCAAAGAUUGAUCUUUGCAGGAAAACAGCUAGAAGAUGGUAGAACUUUGUCUGAUUAUAACAUCCAGAAGGAAUCCACUCUUCAUUUGGUACUUAGAUUGAGAGGAGGUAUGCAGAUCUUCGUCAAGACAUUAACUGGAAAGACCAUCACUUUGGAAGUUGAACCUUCUGAUACCAUUGAGAACGUGAAAGCUAAGAUCCAAGAUAAAGAAGGUAUCCCACCAGACCAGCAAAGAUUGAUCUUUGCAGGAAAACAGCUAGAAGAUGGUAGAACUUUGUCUGAUUAUAACAUCCAGAAGGAAUCCACCCUUCAUUUGGUACUUAGAUUGAGAGGAGGUAUGCAAAUCUUCGUCAAGACAUUAACUGGAAAGACUAUCACUCUGGAAGUUGAACCUUCUGAUACCAUUGAGAAUGUGAAAGCUAAGAUCCAAGAUAAAGAAGGUAUCCCACCAGACCAGCAAAGAUUGAUCUUUGCAGGAAAACAGCUAGAAGAUGGUAGAACUUUGUCUGAUUAUAACAUCCAGAAGGAAUCCACUCUUCAUUUGGUACUUAGAUUGAGAGGAGGUAUGCAGAUCUUCGUCAAGACAUUAACUGGAAAGACCAUCACUUUGGAAGUUGAACCUUCUGAUACCAUUGAGAACGUGAAAGCUAAGAUCCAAGAUAAAGAAGGUAUCCCACCAGACCAGCAAAGAUUGAUCUUUGCAGGAAAACAGCUAGAAGAUGGUAGAACUUUGUCUGAUUAUAACAUCCAGAAGGAAUCCACCCUUCAUUUGGUACUUAGAUUGAGAGGAGGUAUGCAAAUCUUCGUCAAGACAUUAACUGGAAAGACUAUCACUCUGGAAGUUGAACCUUCUGAUACCAUUGAGAAUGUGAAAGCUAAGAUCCAAGAUAAAGAAGGUAUCCCACCAGACCAGCAAAGAUUGAUCUUUGCAGGAAAACAGCUAGAAGAUGGUAGAACUUUGUCUGACUAUAACAUCCAGAAAGAGUCCACUCUUCACUUGGUACUUCGAUUGAGAGGAGGUAUGCAGAUUUUCGUCAAGACACUAACUGGAAAGACCAUCACUUUGGAAGUUGAACCUUCUGACACUAUUGAGAAUGUGAAAGCUAAGAUCCAAGAUAAAGAGGGUAUCCCACCAGAUCAGCAAAGAUUGAUCUUUGCAGGUAAACAAUUGGAAGAUGGUAGAACUUUGUCUGACUAUAACAUCCAGAAAGAGUCCACCCUUCAUUUGGUACUAAGACUGAGAGGAGGUAUGCAAAUUUUUGUCAAAACACUGACUGGUAAAACUAUCACCUUAGAAGUUGAACCAUCAGACACUAUUGAGAAUGUAAAAGCAAAGAUCCAAGACAAAGAAGGUAUCCCCCCAGAUCAACAACGUUUAAUAUUUGCUGGUAAACAAUUGGAAGAUGGAAGAACCUUGUCAGAUUAUAACAUCCAAAAGGAAUCAACUCUUCAUUUGGUACUACGAUUAAGAGGAGGCAUUUAAAAUCAUAAACUUUUUGUUUAUUUCUGACAAGUGGUUUUUGAAAGGCUGAUUUUUUAUUUACACAUUGCUUUAAUAUUGUCAAACCAAAGGAAUAAAUAAAAUCUUUGCAGUAUUUUUGGUUUUUAUUAUAUUACUAACAUUAAAUAAUGAAUAAUUUAACAAUAAAUAUAUGAAGUAUUUU